UGUUGAGUUGAGGCUUCAGUCAUUAUAGAUAGGCAGGUCGUCUAGAAUUUCAUCAGUUUGUUUUGUAGCCUAUACGGUAUUUGGAUUCUAAUUUUGGUAGUGUUGGCAGAUUAUUAAAAGCCUCUAAAAUAAUUAUAACUGCCAGCUCAUGCUUAUUAGAAUAGCCUAAGUUAAAAUUGUAAAUAAUUUAUUUCUCACUAUUCAGUAAUAAAAAAAAAAUAAAAAAAAUGGUAGGCCUAGGCUUAUGAACAAUUAAUUAGGACUAUGGUACAUUUAUCAACCUUGCCCUUCACCCUUUAAAUCAUAAAUUAACUUAUCUUUUUCAUAGACUUUGAUAAGGAAGGUUUUUAAAACCUAGUCAGAAUUAAUUAUGCAGCAAAUUCUGUGGGGAAAGUUAGUUUUGGUUUUGGUUGCAAUAGUAGCCAUUUUACAAGUUGUACAUCUAGUACUUUUAAGUCGCCUAGAGGCUCGACACCACAUGCAUCACCAUGUUCAUCGAACUGCCUCAAAUCCUGGGGACGGUUCUGACUCUCAGAUGACGGAGGUCGACGCUGUGUUUGGAACCCUUGUUCGUACUGUGGAACAAGGCCGAGUGCUUGAUUCCAGCGGAGAGUUCCAAAUAGUGCCAUCUAUUGCAGCAGCCACCAAACAACCCCACCCAAGAGGCCUCAUAGCUGCCACGCCUGAUAUAAGUCUGGUCACACAGUGCUCGUUCAAUCACGUUUAUCGACUUAUUGAGCUAUCUCAGAGGUGGCAAGGUCCGAUAUCAGUUGCUGUGUUUGCCGAGGAUCACCAAGUUUCCGAGGCCCUUUGGAAGGUUGCUGAGCUGAGAGCUUGUAUGCCUGGUAUAAGACACAACGUCACCUUCGCCCUAGUCUCCCCCCUACCAGCCAAAAGCUCUCCCCCUCUCUCCAUGCCUUCCCCCCCACCACCUCACCCUUGCAGUCUUGGUAAUGAUAUAGACACUGUCACCACGUCCACCAACUACGCAACAACCCACAACUAUCCAGUGAACUUGCUGAGAAAUGUAGCUCGAAGAGGAACUGCCUCCGAGUUUGUUCUGGUUAUUGAUAUUGACAUGCUGCCGAAUGAAAAUCUUCGUCAGGAUUUCUUUGCAUUCGCAUCUCAGAGAGGACUGUUUCGUAAACGAGAACAUGAUGAAAAGAAUGUGUUUGUUGUUCCUGCGUUUGAGGCGAAGGAAGACACACCUGUACCUCGUCACAAGGCAGAGUUGCUGAAGUUGGUGGAAGCUGGGGAUGUGCGGCCGUUCUAUGUCCAACUUUGCCUCAAAUGUCAGGUGCACACGGAUUACGAGUCUUGGCAGAAAGAGCCCCCAGCCCCCGAGCUGGCUCCAUUGUUCGAAGUAUUGUGGAAGGACCCAUGGGAACCAUUUUACAUCGCCAGGAACACGAUACCAUUUUACGACGAACGCUUCAAGCAGUACGGGUUCAACAGAAUUAGUCAGGUGUGUGAACUUCACGUUGCGGGAUACAAGUUUUCCGUUCUCAACAAUGCGUUCCUUGUCCACCGAGGAGUCAAGACUCAUUCCUCGUUCCACCCAGAGAAAGAUGCAGAACUCGAGAGGAACCGAAUGUUAUUCCGCCAGUUCAAAAUGGAACUCAAGUCUAAAUACCCGGAAUCGUCUAGACGAUGCUACUAAACCUCUGUAACCUUAUAGUUUUAAUUCUAUAAAACAGAAAGCACAUCUAGUAAUACUCUGUGCACUUUUGAAGUAAAUAACAUAUCUACUAGAGUUUAAGUUGUGGUAAGUGAACAAGCUUUUUUUGUAAUAAAACGUUAUUUUGCUGAGCAUGAUGUAAGUUAAUAGGUAUUACGGGACAUCUUAGUGACUAAAGAUCGCGCCACUCAUCUACAUUCAUACUUGGCUAAAAAACCUACAUUCGUAUGGUCUUCGUUUCAGAAUUAAGUAUUAAACUCCCUGGAAAAUGUGCACUAAUGUGGCAAAAAGAUGAUCCAGAUUUUAUAAACCCCGGUUUCCUAGAACUCUUCUACACACUGUGAUGUUAAAAGAUCUAUUCUGACUCUGUCUCUUGGUUAAUGUUUCCAUGAUCAAUGCUUAAUCCACAUUUGUAAUUAAUUAUCUAAUGGGGUUUCUAUGUGGGAUAUGUCCCUGAUUCCUAUUUGGCAUCUGCCAAAGAUUUAACCCUCUUUAGGCCAGGCCAUCGGUUUGCAUGUGAUGCGCUAUGGGCCUGAGUGAUAAUUGCACCCUUUUUCAUGGUGGGGGAAUUGUUCUCUUCUUUGCGCCCCUAGGCCCAUUUAUGUGAUGCAGGAAAUCAUUCAGAAAUAAAAGAAAACCAGCAAAUAGUGUUUUAACCCUUACAGAUUGUUAUUUGUCAAUUACAAAAUUUAUCAUUACACAUUUUAUUCUAGAUUUUGCAGUUUUUAAUUUUUAGGGAUCCCGAUUUAUGAGAGUUUUCUGUACAGUGUUCCUGAUUUUUUUUCUAAAGAAAGUAUUACAUCUUAUAACUCUGAAUAAAUCAACAUGAUUUUUUUUUAAUUUAUAAAAAGUCUUCCACGUAAGUAGCGAUUUUUACAAAUAAUCUUUAUGUUCAUAAAUAUGCAAGCAUUUGGCUACCUUACAAGUUUUCCGAACCCCAAAUAAGUACGUGGUUAUAUUUUAAAACCCAUAUGUAAUCCUUAUAUUUAAUUCACAUGUUGUUAUUUUAAUCUAAACUAUAAAUGGUUCUAAACUGGACAGCACUUAUAUGAGCAAAUAUUUUCUAGCUGUACAAUUGUAAUCAAAUUUAGUUUGAAAGAAUCUGUGAUAUUAAUUACGUAGUGUAGAGUUAAUGUACAUAGAAUUACCCAAACAAGUGUUUUGACAAGUGGUUUUAAAUGUCUAGUAAUAAUCAAAUUCGACGAAACAAAUAUCUAGUACAGUGAAAUUAGACCUUAACCUUAACAUCUAAAGUGAAAGCUAACCUUCAACGCCAAACUGCUCAAUAUAGUUCCCAUAAUGUACCGUUUAAGUUACACCAUUCUGAGCACUGGGUUUAAUGGAAGUUUAAGUUGAAAAAUUAGCAGAUUUUUGCUUUUCAUGAAAUGUAUGGAAAAACUAUGUUUUCAGCACAAAAAACUUCAUUUACAAAAAUAAACUUCCCAACUUUAACCCUCCUCUACACCCAAACCCGACGCUCGAAGUGGUGUAAAUGUUUACCUGACAUUACGGGGACUAUAUUGAUUAGUUUGGUGUCGAAAGUUAGCUUUCACUUUGAAUUUUUAGGUUAGGCGGUGUGUUUUUGGCUAAUAGCGCCGUAUUUAUUUUACAAAAUAUUGUGAAUCUUAUUUUUAUGCACUGUAUUUUGUUAAAGGACAAAAAUUAGUUUAUGUCCUGUUGUUUUGACAGUACUUUAUUCAGAUCUCAGCACAAAACUUUAUGUGCCAUGAUGGGGUUGUGAUUGUAACAAUAUUAAAAUUAUAUGUUUGUUUAGUCCACCAUUUGUAUGGUUAAAGUUCCAGAUUUUAUUUUAUGCUAUUGUUUGUUUAUGACGUCUCUAAGCCAGUUUUCAAGGAUUCUGUGGUGAACAGGAUUAUCAGCAGAUGGAUCAAAUAUGUUGGUGAAUAGAUUUCUGAAUAAUUUAUUUAAUUUGUAAAGCUUUGUGUUGGACGGAAGAAGAAAAAAAAUGCUAUGAUGUCCAGUCUAUGUGGUUCGGUUGCCAUUAGAAUGUCAUAAAUGUGAUUAACUAUUUUUUACAGUUGGCAAAAUUUGUGUGUGUCUGAUAAGUUUUUAAUCUAUUCCCGAACUUUUAUAAUCCUGCUGCUAAUCUAGUCUACGAUAAUUUAGUUAAUAUUAGUUACUUACCUGUGUGAUUUUAGACAUUUUACUUACACCAGUAUUAUGUGUUCAUUAACCUAUUGCUUUUACGACAGCUUUCUAAUUUAUAGAUUAGGUUUAAGUAAAUGCACCAAAGAUUUGUGUACGUGUGUAUACACUAGUAAUUAUUGUAAGUUUGGUAUGUAGAAUCAAUCAAUGUACAAUGUAGGAAUAAUUUAUUUGACUGAGGGUGUGACACGUGACAGUGUAUUAAUGAUACAGUUGUGUAAAAUACAGCUAAAGUUUGUUUAUGUUGAUUGUUAUUUGCUUGUGUCCGUUAUACUUUUGCAAAAAUUAGUUUUCCCAUUUUUACCCUCAAAACAUAACAUUUUGCAACUUCUUUAAAAAAAAAAUGCGGAACUAAAACAAUUGUAUAUUGAGACUUUUUUGUACAGACAAUGAAUAGUAACAGAAAAAAACUUUUUAAUUAAAAUUCCCAUAUUCUUAUGGAGAAUAGAUGUUGUAGUUUGUUUGUUAGAUUGUUAGAUUUGUUUUAUUGAAAUAUGGAAUUUGACACAAUAGAGGACUCAUUCAAGUAAAAGAAAAUUAAUGGAAAUUCACUCAGUCUGCAGAUUUGAAGCAGCUGGGGUAUUUCUUUUAUUUGAUUAACUAAAAGAUUACGUGAGAAUGAUCAAUGAGGUGUCUGAUAUCCUUUUUAUAGGACUGAAAGCGAGUAUAUUGACUGGGUUUAGGUUGUCUUGGUGUAAGUUUUGACAAAGUAUUAUUGUCAGUUGCAUUGUGUUUUUGCAAUUUAUUGUAGAUUAUUUUUGUAAGUAAAAUAUUUUAAGCUAUGUCACAUAGAUUACAAGAUAUUUUAUAAAAAGAAAAAAUGUAAUUUUUUUGCAUUAGGCCCCACCUCCAUCCCCCCAAACAAAAUUCUCAAAAUGGUGUAAAUUUUGAACAUAACAUUGCCAAUUACAGUUUAGUAUUUUAUAAUAUGUUUUACAAUUUUAACUAAUGAGAAAACUGUCACACCUUCUAGUACUAUAGCUCAAACAGUAUUGAAUAAUUGAUAGAAUUGUAAGUAGUAUUUUAUUAUUUUUCCUAUUGUAUAUUUUUUGUUACUCAGUUAAA